AGGGGAGGAUGGCGCUGGCUCUUCGGGCCCCGGAGCACAUGUCCCCGCGGAAGGAAUCCGCCGUGCGUGCGGUGAGGAGGGAGGCCCACCGUCUCACCAGGGACGUCCAACAGAUGUACAACGAGUACAUUUCUUUCGACUCCAAGAGGGACCAUUUCAUCACCACGCUUAACAACGUUUCCGCUCAGCUGAGAAAAACGCGCUACCUCGGCAAAGGGUCCGACAUUGUGACCUUGGACGCCGUGAGAAGUUAUGUCUACUUCAAGGGCAAAGUGGCCGUCCUGCGUGACUUCUUCUCACUCUUGGACAAACUCGCCAACAUUCGCAAGAAAGUGAGGGCAAACAUCAUACCAAGGUUACGGAAACUCGUAAGUAGUGAGUUCAAGACUGUAGAAGACGCGUUUCGAAGGUGGGGUAGGGUCUUGCAAGGAGACAACGACUUCCUUCGCUCUGUGACGGACGCCGUCUUGGAACAUGCGCCCGACUUGAGGGUAAAGAAAGAAAAUUUGGGAGUUCUAAAUCUCUUGCCCGAAAUUCUGACUGCAGCUUUCGACUGUCGUAACGCCAUUGCUCGUACUUUCGGAGACAACGUCCCGAUACACGUGCAGUUGGAGAUAGUGACGUCGCCCAGAAAGAAAAAGUCGACGGUCCCGACUCUCCCUCGUAUCUCCACGCGAGAUCUGGACCAACCACGAGAUUUCACGCGCACGCGAGAUUUCCCAUCGCGGCGAGAGUUCCCCUCCCGGCGAGAUUUGGGCCCACGGCGAGACUUGGCGCCAAGACGAGGCCUGAUAGCGCCAGAACCACCAAGUACUAGUACAACGUCAACAGAAGAAACAAGGAAUUCAGAAGAAGCUGACAGGAUCUUCCAGUCCACCUUGAGACAGAGCAAGCCACGAAAGGCAACUUCCAGUACAAAAGGGCAGAAAAGAAGAGCGGGAAAAGUCUCAGCCAAGAGCCAAGAAAGCCGUCUAGAGGAAGAACUUCGAAUGCAGGCAGCGGUGGACAGAGAAGAACUGGCCGAGCUGCGAGAAGACGUAACAGCCAUUAACAACAAGCUGGUCCGUCUGUCGCUGGAGGUGGGGAGGGAGUUCAAUAGAAUCAACCGCAGUCUGGAGGAACUGCACACUUAUGUGGACGAAGGACUUUCAGGUUUGAUGAACGAUUCGGGCAUCGACACUGACAUUAGUGCGCAUGCUCAGCAGCGUCAUCCUUUCUUCGUGACGCAGCGGUACCGAGAGGUGUCGAAGUCUCGCCAGUCUCGCCAACCGACCGACGAGAACUGACGAGAAUGCACGAGAACUUACGAGAAUUCACGUCCUAGCCUGUUACAUGUUUGUGUAUUAUCAUCAAACGCAGAAAAGACUGAUUCCAAUAUAUUCCAACACUCUUUAAAAAUCCACAACUGUAUAUACAGGUAA